AUGUCUUUCAAACAGCUCCUCAUCGCCAGCCUGCUGGUGGGCAGCCAGGCCGCCACUCUCCCCAUGAGGCGCCAUACACACUCAACUGCAACCGCGCCCAUGGUUGUGACUGAGUACGGCUCAGUCUUCGACGUCGAGGCGACUAUCGGCGGCCAGAGCUUCUCCCUACUCGUCGACUCCGGCAGCAGCGACCUAUACGUCAUGGAGUCCAACUUCACCUGUAUCAACAAGGACACCAACCUCGAAAAGCCCGCAGAUUAUUGCGGAUACGACGUGAACAGGACGUACACGGCUUCGGCUUCCGACACGUUUGAGCAGAUCCCCAACCAGGUCUUCGGCAUCGAGUACGGCGCCGGCAUCGCCAGCGGCAUCAUGGCCUUUGAAGAAGUCACCGUCGCCGGCGUCACCCUCCCCAAGCAGCGCGUCGCAAUCGCAAACAAGUCCACGCCGAUGGGCGAUGGCGUCAACUCCGGCCUCCUCGGUCUGGGCUAUCCGUCCAUCACCUCCGCGCACCCAGGCAACACCACCGACAACUCGACCUACUGGUUCAACCGGCUCCCGUACAAGCCCGUCCUCUACAACAUGUGGGAACAGGGCCUUAUCAAAGCGCCAUACUUUGCACACGUUCUCUCUCGUACCGCACUCAAUGACUCGGGCCCUUCAUUCGGCGGAUACCUCUCGCUGGGCGAACUGCCCCCAGUGGCCCACGACGACAAUUGGGCCGUGGCCCCGGUCGAGAUCAUGGACAACAUCCCAUUGAACUUUACCUCGAACCAGCGCACGCGGUCAUACUGGGCAACAACCCUAAGCGCCUCUCUCGAGACGGGAUCAAACAACACGUCCGAAAACAAGAAUAUCACCGCCCCCUUCCAGGCCUUCUUCGACUCGGGAAACCCGAUGUCCUACCUCCCCUCCCGCAUCGCCGAGCCGCUGAACAAUCUCUUCUCGCCACCGGGUGUAUACAGCGAGGACGCAAAGACCUACGUCGUGUCCUGCAACGCAAAGGCUCCGGAGUCGUUCAGCAUCAAGGUAGGCGGACAGGUCUUCACGCACGAUAGUGCAGACCUUAUCUACCAAACCGGGGAAGGUGAGGAAGCGGUAUGUCUUUCAGCGAUUGGGAACAGUGAUAGGAUCAGGCUUUUGCCGAAUGUACAGCUGAAUGUGAUCGGCGUGCCAUUUCUCAGGAGCGUGGUGUCGGUGUUUGAUUUUGGGAAGAAUGAGAUGCGGUUUUCGCGGUUGGAGGAGGAGGUUGAGGAGUGUUAG